GAUGUGACGUACAAUUCUAGCUAAAGGCUUUACAUUAUGUCUUAUUAUACACUCUCUACACGGUAAGGAAGGUAUGGUGUCUAUAUCCGAUAGCGGUACAUAAUAACCGAGGUAGUUCGGAGUUCGAGUGCCAAUUCUAUCUAGCAUUGAAUCAUUUCAUACUUAAAUCUCGUCAUCGAGCUUAAGGAGGUAGCGAUAUCGAUUCGAUAUGGAUGCAGUAGCGAAGGAGAAUCUGCGAGGAAUGGAAGGGCAGGGGAAAUCAAAGAAGAUUGUGUUCUUUGUUGAUACGGUUAGCCCGUUUGCUUAUGAGGCUUAUUGGAUUCUUAGGGUUAGUGUGGUUUUUCUUGUUUCUGGGGGUUGAUUUUUGGGCUUGGGGUUGGAUAAUUGGGGUUUGUCGGUUGGGGAUGGUAGGAUGGGAAGAUGGGAGAGCUAGGGGGAUGAUACUAGCUGGAAUGUGCAGGUCGAAUGAAGAGUCUGCUUUUGAUUUAAGCUUCGUAAAGAGUAGGGAAGCGACUAGCUAACAAAUCUCUUCAUCUAGAAUAACCCUACAUUUUCACAAUGCGAUAUCGAAUACGUCCCUGUUUCCUUGUCGAAUAUUAUAAAAGAAGUUGGGGGUGCUCCACCUAUGACUGUCAAAAGUUUGUCCUCUUUCCUUUUCCUCCUUGGAACUUUUUACAUCUUCUCACCACUAACACCAAACCCUCUUUUUCAGAUAAAGGUAAAUGGGCCAACCGACAACGUCUCCGCUGGGCUUCUCUGUUUGAAAUACCUAUUACCCCAAACAUACCCACGGGAUUUCCGCAUAAUACUUUUGGAAUUCAAAGUGCACUCUGUGUAUUACCAUUUUUGUAUGACAAGGAUGAAGCGCACGAAGUGUUGUGCAAAUGUUUGGAUGCUUUUUAUAAUCUAUAUUGGGUAGAGGAAAAGGAGAUUUCGGCUCCUGGGGUAUUGGAAGAUGUAUUGAGACGGGUGAUAGGAGAGGAAAUGUUGGAGUUGGUGUUGAAGGAAAUUCCAGGGAAGGGGAGAGGGUCUUUGCAGGUGAACACUGCGAGAGCGAUAGAGGAAGGGGCUUUUGGAUUACCGGUGAGCUCUUUUUUAUUUAUAUUUGGGAAGUGAUGAUAGAGGGAUAAGAAAGAUAGGAUAAUUGAGUAUAUGCUGACACAGACAAAAAUAGUGGAUGGUAUGCACCAACAGCUCAGGCGAAACAGAGGGAUUCUGGGGUGUGGAUCAUUUAGGACUAGUGGUUGAUUUCUUGGGAUUGGAAAGGAUGGAUACUAAAGCUUGGAAGACUUUGAUGUGAUUUAACUCCAUGCUUGUUUUUCCACACCAGAAUUUAAAAUUUCAUAUCUGAAUACUCCUACGAAUC